AUGUGGUACUUGCUUGGCUCCAACAACAACAUCAUGGGAAAGAUUCCUUCUUUCAUAUGCGAGUUGCAUUCUCUAAACACUCUCGAUUUAUCUGAAAACAAUUUUAACGGUUCAAUCCCUCCUUGUUUGGGAAAUCUCAAUAGUACUCUUUCAGAUCUAAACCUUCGGCAGAAUAAUCUUAGCGGAGGUCUUCCAGAAGAAAUAUUUGAAAGUCUAAGGUCGCUUGACGUUGGUCAUAACCAACUUGUGGGAAAGCUUCCAAGAUCUUUGGAUCAUUUCUCAACUCUUGAAGUUUUGAACGUGGAAGGCAACAGAAUCAACGACACGUUUCCGUUCUGGUUGGGUUCUCUACAAAAGCUACAAGUUCUUGUCCUUCGCUCCAAUGCAUUCCAUGGACCAAUACAUCAAGCCUCGUUCCCUCAGUUGCGAAUCAUCGACAUAUCACAUAAUCACUUCGAUGGAACUUUGCCAUCAGAGUACUUUUCUAAGUGGAUUGCUAUGUCAUCACUUGGGACCGACGAAGAUCAGUCUUCCGAAAAGUACAUGGGAGGUGGAUUUGGCUAUUACUCAAUGGUUUUGAUGAAUAAAGGUGUAGAGUUGGAGCUGGUACGUAUCCUUAAAAUCUACACAGCAAUCGACUUUUCGGGUAAUAAAUUCGAAGGAGAGAUUCCAAAGUCCAUCGGUCUAAUGAAAGAGCUUCAUGUGCUCAACUUGUCAAACAAUGCUUUCACUGGCCGCAUCCCUUCAUCAUUAGGGAACCUCACAGCUCUCGAGUCUUUGGACGUUUCCCAAAACAAGCUUUCAGGAGAAAUUCCACAAGAGUUAGGGAACCUCUCGUUCCUUGCAUACAUGAACUUCUCUCAUAACCAGCUUGCAGGUCUAGUACCAGGAGGCAAUCAGUUUCGUACGCAGCCUUGCUCUUCCUUUGAAGAUAACCUGGAACUUUCUGGCUCUUCUCUUGAGGAAGACUGCAGAGAUAUUCACACGCCAGCAUCACAUCAACAGUAUGAGACGCCGGAAUCAGAGGAAGAAGACAAAGAGGUGAUUAGUUGGAUAGCAGCUUCAAUAGGAUUCGUACCUGGUAUUUCCUUUGGAUUUACGAUUGGAUACAUACUGGUUUCCUACAAACCGAAGUGGUUCAUGAACCCUCUCGGCCGAAACAAUCGUAGACGGAGAAGCACUCCAACUCACUAG